AUGGCUGAGUUGACUCUUUGCACGCAGGACGUCAGAAAGGCUUCGGCGCUCCCUAAGCCUGCCUCGCGCCUUCCUCAGAUCUCAUCGCCGCCACGGCCUCUGGGGGAGCUCCAGAACGGCAGCAUGAACGCGCGCAGUGGCAUACCCCCGCCGAUGAGCCACAAGCACAAGCCAUCGAGCUGUAAAUCGGUCCUGCCCAUGUACUUACCCGAGCCGGCGACGAAAGUCCGACGAACGCUGGCCGACAGGGCCGGGGAUGUCGUCAAUCGCAAACCCACCGCACCCCCGAGCGCGCGACCGCUGUCGACCAGUGUUAAGAGCGCUGUGACAAGGAAAGAGCGCGGCUUCUCAGCGUCCACGUCCACGUCCAUGUCCCGCGCCGGCACCAGACCCGCUUCACGAAGCGCAACAACUACCGGGUUCAGCGCGAGCAUGGGCCCCGGUGCCAAACCACCAAGACCUCGAUCGGCCUACGGCCAGUACACCGGUACACAUGUGCGCAGCAAGUCUCAUCAUUCGACUGCGCGCCCGGCGACAUCGCUGUAUCGCCGCGACGAGGAGGAAGAUGAAGAAGAAGAGAGAGGUGUGCAACCAUUUCUUAUAUCUACAAACCCUGGCGAGAGCUUUAAAGCUCCCAGGAAAUCGCGCUCAGCUCACCAGUACCGCCCACACUCCGUCAACAUACCAGCACAGCAAUCGCGUCCUUUGUCCCAUGUACGAUCGAUAUCAUCCCCCGCGUUUCGCCCGAUCACACCAGUACAGGAGGAACCUACCGAUGCCGACUGUGAGGAUAUCUGCAGGAGUCUGAAAGCGUUCAAUCUGCGCGCUUCAGACGCAGACGAUCACAUUGUUGGCCUCGGACGUGGUAUAUCCUGUUCUGGUGAGGGCGAGAAACCCUUCCUCAAGCCGCCACUGCUUUCGCGACUCCCUCAUGCAACACCUACGCGCCAGCCUCCGCUGCCGAGCCCCACUCGGCCUGCUUCUACACCUCGAACUUCGCGCAGGCGCUUUCUUAACAGAUUUACUAACGACCAAUGUCCAGAUUUCUACGACGAUCGAAUGGAAGCCAUGGAGCAGCAGUUCACUGCGUUCAAGGAGAAGAUGGAGACGGACAUGCAGAAGGCGACAGAUCAAAAAGAGAGCAUUCAGCAGCUCCAGAGUCGAGUUACGGAACUCGAAGCCAUCCGCGCCCGCCUGGAGACUGUCAACAGAGACCUGGAGACGGACUUGAAAGACGCCAAAAGCUGCAUGAAGACGAUGGAGAUGGAAAUGGAGAUGAAAAACCGAAACGCUGCAUUCGAAGCCGACGACACAAGGCGCAAGCACCGCAACGAGAUCGAGGACUUGGAGAACAAGCAUUCCAAGGCCGCCCAUCGAUGGCAGUCAGAAAAAGACGCGGCAGAAGAGAAGAUCCGCAAGAACUUCGAGGCACAGAUCGACAAGCUCCUAAAGGAGCACAAGGAACAACUGGACGAACUCAAUGCGAAAUUAUCAAAGGAGACCGAAUUCGAGCGAAACCGACAACUGCAGAAGGAGCAGGAAGUGGAGGCUGAAUAUGCCUCAAAGCUGCGGGCCGCAAACAUCGAGGCCGAUGCUAAGCAACGGGAGUUGCAGCUCGUUCAGGGAGAUCUGACUAACGUCAAGUCGGAGCUGGACCGAGAACGCGCUCUGAAGAACGCGCUCUCGGGUCAAUUGACAGACGCGACGACCAAGAACCUCACGCUUGAGUCGGCAAAUACGGCUAUGAAGGAGAAGAUCAACUUCCUCGAGUCGGACAGCCAGGCGCAGUCAUCGGCCUACAACGAUCUCCACAGGCGCAUGCAGGAGGCAAUUGAAGCCGCCGAGGAAGCGCACGAGAAGCUGCGUCAAGAAGAGACGCUGCGAAGAAAGCUGUUCAACCAGGUACAGGAGCUGAAGGGCAACAUCAGAGUCAUGUGUCGUGUCCGACCAGCGCACGCAUCUGAAACAGACCCAGCCAAGAUCUCGUUUCCUGAUGUCGAUACCGACAGCAAGGAGGUGGCUAUCCAAGGACCGGAGAAGAUUAGUGCAACCGGCAAGGACAUCACCGCCUCAUACCAGUAUUCGUUCGAUCGCGUCUUCGGUCCUAAGUCGCAGAAUCUCGAGGUCUUCGAUGAAAUCAGCCAACUGGUGCAGAGUGCACUCGAUGGAUACAAUGUGUGUAUUUUCUGCUACGGUCAGACUGGUUCUGGCAAGACAUACACAAUGUCUUCAGCAGACGGUAUGAUUCCGCUCGCGACAGCACAGAUUUACGCAGAAGCCAAGCGUCUGGAAGAGAAGGGCUGGCGCUACAAGAUCGAAGGCUCGUUCCUCGAAGUCUACAAUGAAACGUACAACGACCUGCUCGGCCGUUCUGAGGAUCUCGACAAGAAGAAGGUUGAAGUUCGACACGAUCCUGUGAAGAAACAGACGAACCUUGAGAACACCGUCAGCAUCGAACUCGAUGGCCCAGACCGCGUCACCGAACUACUGAAGACAGCCGACAAGAACCGAACCGUAGCCGCUACAAAGGCCAACAUGCGUUCUUCUCGAUCGCAUUCGGUCUUUAUUCUUAAGCUUGUUGGUACCAACGAAAUCACUGGCGAAAGAAGUGAGGGCACGCUCAACCUUGUCGAUCUCGCUGGUUCGGAACGUCUUGAGCACUCGAAGGUGGAGGGCGCACGUCUCAAGGAGACCCAGAACAUCAACAAGAGUUUGAGUUGUCUUGGGGAUGUCAUCAAUGCACUUGGGUCGGCAAAGGAGGGCGGUCACAUCCCGUACAGAAACUCGAAGUUGACUUACCUCCUUCAAUACUCGCUUGGCGGCAACUCGAAGACCCUCAUGUUUGUCAUGGUCAGCCCGCUGCAAGCCCAUUUGCAAGAGACGGUCACCAGUCUCAAGUUCGCAACAAAGGUACACAACACACAUAUUGGUACUGCGAAGAAGCAGACAAAGACUGCGUAGGUGCUGUCAUCUAGAGGAAAGUUGGGCGAUAUGGAAGGUUAUGGCUAAGGGUGCCAGUCGUGUAUGUAUUGUUUCCGCGGCGGCCCUUGAAGUGUUCGAGGUCGUUUCGCUAUCAUAUCUGUGCUUAGAGCGUGUUUAAACCAGGGGAGCAUCUGCAGCCCAUGGCUGGCUCGUCCCUCAUGAUUGCGUACCUCAUCGGCGUUGGGCACUCGGGUUUUGAAUAGCAAUGCAUGAUGACC